GAAGGAAGUACUAUUCACAGGAAGUCGACUGUCAGUUGGCUGUGUCCUUGUUAGCUAAAGAGCUAACGAGCUAGCUAGUUGGCUGCCAUAAGAGGCAAGCAAAUGUGUACCAUUUGUAAAAAUGAAUUAAAUCAUGCUUAAAGAGUGAUUUUGAAAGAGAUUUGUGCUAACCCGCUGUUGAUAACCACCAUGUUGCGUGUCGGGAGUAACGCUGCCUGCAUGGCUUGCAGGAACCUGGUCUCCACCAACAUGGGGGUGAGAUUUCGAGUACCACUGCAAAAGCUGCACCCUCUGUCUCGUGCCAUCCACCAUCGCUACUCGGGAAACACCAACCCCCAACGACCCCCUCAUCGCACGGCAGCCCGCUAUUUUACCUCUAUGUCACGGUUGCCCAUGCGGCCUCCCAAGCCUCCCCCAGGGUCAGGGGGCCGUGGCCACCAGCAGCAGCGCAACUUCUGGGUGGCCCGCCUUGCUGCCCGGCUCCUAAGGCUCCGAUACAUUCUGCUGGGGUCGGCAGUAGGAGGAGGGUACACCGCUAAAAAGACCUAUGACGAGUGGAAGGACAUGCUGCCUGAUUUUAGUGAAUACAACUGGGUCAUUCCUGAUUUUGUCUGGGAACUGAGUGAACAAAUUGAUCUUGAUAAACUGGCCAAAGCUCUACCAGAGAUGGAGGAAAUAGCCAAGCUACUACCUGACUUCGACAAGAUAGGCGAGAAUUUCACUUUCCUUAAAAGCCUCCUCUCCUCUGGUGUGAGUUUGGGUAGUGAAGUCAAAGGAGCUUCUGGUCUGCAUCUGUUGUUAGAAACCUCAGGCGAUCCUCCUCUCAAAGCCACAGAUUCUUCUGCUGCAGCCACACAAGAUGGCAGCGACAAACAAUACAAAAAGGGUCUGCUUGGCGAGCUCAUUCUUAUUCAGCAGCAGAUCCAGCUGCACGAGGAGGAGGUCCGGCGGGCCGCAGCAGCCAAUAGUGCGUGUCCCCCACCGCCAGAGCCUGCUCCCAGUCCGCCUCUGAAACCCAGCCCCCCUCAACAGAAACGCAAGUCAUCAGACAAAGAAAAGAUAGACCAGCUUCAAGAAGAACUGCUCCGUACGCAGCUAAAAUAUCAGCGCAUGCUGGAAAGACUGGAGAAGGAGAAUAAAGAGUUAAGGAAAGUGGUGCUGCAAAAAGAUGAUAAGGGGAUUCACCAGCGGAAAGUGAAGAAAUCCCUUAUUGAUUUGUAUUCUGAAGUCCUGGACAUCUUGUCUGACUAUGAUGCCAACUACAACACCCAGGACCACCUACCCAGGGUGGUUGUGGUUGGGGAUCAGAGUGCUGGGAAGACUAGCGUGCUGGAGAUGAUAGCCCAGGCCAGGAUCUUCCCCAGGGGCUCAGGAGAGAUGAUGACCCGCUCUCCUGUCAAGGUAACACUAAGCGAAGGCCCCCACCACGUGGCCAUGUUUAAGGACAGUGGCCGAGAGUUUGACCUCACCAAGGAGGAAGACCUGGCUGCUCUGAGGCAUGAGAUUGAGCUGAGGAUGAGGAAGAGUGUGAAGCAGGGACAGACCGUCAGCUGUGAGACAAUAUCCUUGAGUGUCAAAGGCCCCGGCAUCCAGAGGAUGGUGCUUGUUGACUUACCAGGAGUCAUCAGUACUGUGACUGCAGGCAUGGCCUCAGAUACAAAGGAAACCAUCUUCAGCAUCAGCAAGGCCUACAUGCAGAACCCCAAUGCAAUCAUCCUCUGUAUUCAGGAUGGCAGUGUGGAUGCAGAGAGGAGCAUUGUAACAGACUUGGUUAGCCAGAUGGACCCCCAGGGGAAGAGGACCAUCUUUGUCCUGACCAAGGUGGACUUGGCUGAGAAGAACCUGGCCAGCCCGAACAGAAUCCAGCAAAUAGUGGAAGGGAAGCUGUUUCCCAUGAAGGCCCUGGGCUACUUUGCAGUGGUGACAGGAAAAGGGAGCAGUGGUGAAAGCAUAGACUCCAUUAAAGACUAUGAGGAAGACUUCUUCCAGAACUCCAGAUUACUAAGGGAUGGCAUGCUGAAGGCUCACCAGGUGACAACAAAGAACUUGAGUCUGGCCGUCUCUGACUGCUUUUGGAAGAUGGUUAGAGAGUCUGUUGAGCAGCAGGCUGAUGUCUUUAAAGCAUCUCGCUUCAACCUGGAGACCGAAUGGAAGAACAACUACCCUCGUCUGAGAGAGCUGGACAGGAAUGAACUCUUCGAAAAGGCCAAAAAUGAAAUUUUGGAUGAAGUCAUUAGUUUGAGUCAAGUGACCCCACAACACUGGGAGGCCAUCUUGCAGAAGAAGCUGUGGGAACGUGUUUCCACCCAUGUGAUUGAGAACAUCUACCUGCCUGCUGCACAAACAAUGGACUCGGGCACCUUUAACACCACCGUAGACAUCAAACUCAAGCAGUGGACCGACAAGCAGCUUCCACACAAAGCACUGGAGAUUGCCUGGGAGACACUGCAGGAAGAAUUUGCCCGCUUCAUGGCUGAAUACAAAGGCAAAGACCAGGACGACAUUUUUGACAAGUUGAAGGAGGCUGUGAAGGACGAGAGCAUCAAGAGGCAUAAGUGGAAUGAGAGGGCCAUGGACAGCCUGAGGGUGAUCCAGCACAAUGCCCUAGAAGACCGCUCCAUCACAGACAAGCCCCAGUGGGACGCAGCCAUCCAGUUCAUGGAGGAAACCCUGCAGUCACGCCUCAAAGACACUGAGUCAGUAAUCAGAGAUAUGGUGGGUCCAGGCUGGAGGCAGAGGUGGAUGAACUGGGUUAAUCGCACACCAGAUCAGCAUGUUCGUAAUGAAACAAAAAAUGAGCUGGACCGCUUGCUGAAGCUACACGAUGAGCACACAGCCUACUUGGCCAAUGACGAGGUCACCACAGUCAGGAAGAAUCUGGAGGGCCGAGGGGUUGAAGUUGACCCUGUGCUGAUCAAGGACACGUGGCAUCAGCUGUAUCGCCGACACUUCUUGCAGAAGGCGCUGUCUCACUGUAACCUCUGCAGGAGAGGUUUCUACUACUACCAGAGACACUUUGUUGACUCUGAGUUGGAGUGCAAUGAUGUGGUACUGUUCUGGAGAAUUCAGAGGAUGCUGGUCAUCACAGCCAACACUCUUCGACAGCAGCUCACCAACACUGAGGUGCGUCGAUUGGAGAAAAAUGUGAAGGAGGUGUUAGAUGACUUUGGGGAAGACAUGGAGAAGAAGACCCACCUCAUCACUGGCCGCCGAGUCCAGCUGGCCGAGGAUCUCAAGAAAGUUCGUGAGAUCCAGGAGAAACUUGAAGCCUUCAUCGAAGCUCUUCACAAGGAAAAAUAAGAGAAGCAGAACUAUUGGAAGUAAAUGUACGGAUUACAACCGAGAAAUGCACUGAACAAAGACCACUAAAUCUGUAAAUGGCCGUCAUCACCCCCUGCCCACACCACUCACCUGACUUUAAUACCCACAGCUUGGCUUCAUGUCCCCCUUUGACGCUGAUGGACCUGAACAAGAGGAAACCGUUUUCAAGCUUUCUCUUUGGUUUUCCAUUUUUUUUGUUUUCUUUUUCUCUUGCGACUGUCCUGCAUCAAGAGGGGGGAGGGGACUUCUGCACAGAAGCCCAAACACAGUCAGAUCAGGAGGAGUGGAGAAGUGUGCACAGUGUUGACAGACAUCUGACCUCUCAUUUUCAAUAAAUGAGGAUCGUGUACAUUUUUAAAAUUAUUUUUCAGCUGAUGGUGUCCGUGUACAUGUGAUUAGAAGUGUGUCUUCACUGAUCUCUGUACAAGGAAACACUAUUGGCCGAUGGGUGAAACCACCUUGAAUUUCAUACCUGGUGCUCCUAAAAUACACCGUGAUACCCAACUGGUACACAAGAACUAGUCUCUAUUUAACAUUUAACCGUUCUUUUUAGUUGCACUUCAGAUCCAAAGCACUUAAGUUAUCCCUCCAAGCUGCAGCUAUACUCUACAGGUCCACGUACCCCUAAAUGAGACCAUGUUUAGAUCCAGCAGAUGUCGUCCCCUUAAAUCUAAGAAGAAUAGAAAGCCACUACCUGUUUCAAUAUUCAGCUUCCCUCCCAUUAACACUCCCCAUUGUAACACCACAACCACCACUCAAUAACAGGAUACGAUCAGCUCUGAAGGUGCUGGAAAGAAUAUUAUGUAUAGAUAUAUUUCUUAUUAUUUUGAUCUAAUGGGGUUUAUUUGACAAUACUAUGUUUAUAUGUCUGCCAAAUGCACAUAAUGCCCUGGUCGUGCAGCCUUUUGUUUCUGUCUCUGUGUUUGGGAUGUUUGCAUUUCCAUCAUUGUACGUUAGCAUUUAAUCUAUACUCUCCCCAUGUUGCAACUGACAGAUAAUACAACUUCCAAAAAAUAAUAUAAGGACACCCUCAAUAGAUUGAAACUGUAAUUAAACAUAACUUCAGAAUGCUUCUAGAUAGUUUAGACAUAUAAAAUUAAUUAGUGCUGCAGUUUUUUAACUGAUUAUCACAUUGUUAUACCUAUUUCUUAGGUUUAAGACAUCAUUACUCAAUAGCCACAUUGCAUCAUCAGUUAAAAAUGUCAUAAUUGUAUAAAAAUGCACUCUCUUUAGAGGUAUAUUUCAUUUGAUAUUCAAAAGCUAUGAAACUAUCUGUCAGUUAACACGCCUCCACUUACACAAGAGAAGGUGGGAUCUUAUGAUGUAUUUCCAGUCUACACCAGGUUUGACGUCCUGUUUAUUUGGCAGCACAGUUAUGUCUCCUACAUGUACACAGCACAGGUGUGCUUCUACUUAUUCACUUUUCCUCUCCUGUCUGUGAAUGGUCAUUAAGAUCUUCUUGCUGCUUCAGGGACGAGAUCAAACACCCGAAAACCAAGGGAACAGGAAUUGUCCUCAAAGUUAAGAAAAAAAGGAAAAUAUUUAACAUACUGAUGGGUUCAUUUUAAACUGAAAGUAUAUGCUUUUUGUCAACUCACUGAUUGUUCUACAAGUCAUCGUCCAGCACCGGAUGUUUCCACACGGCUCCCAAUCUUGUGCUUCCUCCUUAUUCUCAUCUAGAACCCCUUAUCUCACAACCACCUCCAUCAUUUGGACUAUUCUGACUCUUUCCAUCACCCACAUUACUCGUCACAGCUUGAAAAACUGUCUGAUGCUUGACCUAACGAGAGGUGAGACACUGCUUUAACCCUAUCCACUCAUUCAUGUGUAUAUGGGUGUAAAAAUAUAUAUAUAUAUAAUAGGCCAUGCAUUUUGUACAGGUGAAGUUAAUGGAAAGUCAUGGAGCUACUAUCAUGUACAGCACGUGUAUGCAGAGUGAGCAACUUGUGUAACUGAUAAUCUGUGAGUUGGUUCAAAAAACUGUUUAAUGUUGUAGAAAGUAAUGUUUGCAUGGUGUACCCCAUCAGAUGUGCUUUAUUUAUUUAAUUUGUGUUUAAAAGGAAAAAAUAAAAUUGACGUGAAUAAAAAUGA